GGAUUAGCUGCGGAUGGGCCCAAUGCCUCCAGUCCCUCUCCCUUCCCUCCGGAUCAGAAGCGGGGCUUAGACAGCGGGGGACUGAAGGGGGGAGAGAAAGGGAGGGAAGGGAAAGGAGUGGAAAGGGAGGGAAGGGAAAGGGAGGGCACCGUCCUCCCCCCCCCUCCUCCUCCUCCCUGCGCUGCUGCAUCCUCCCUCCUCCUCUCCCUCCUCCUCCUCCUCCUCCCUCCUUCCCUGCCUUCUCCCGGCCGAGGGCAGCGCCAUGGCCGAGGUGCCCACCGUGGUCCGCAUCAAGGUAGCCCUCAAGAUCCAGCCCAACGACGGGCCCGUCUACUUCAAGGUGGACGGCCAGCGCUUCGGGCAGAACCGGACCAUCAAGCUGCUGACGGGGGCCAAGUACAAGGUCGAGGUGGCCAUCAAGCCCGGCACCGUCCAGGCCACGACCAUGGGUAUAGGAGGAGUAACUAUCCCCCUGGAACAGACGUCAAAAGAAGCCCAGCUUGUUACUUACACCGGCAUCUAUGACACAGAAGGCGUGACUCACACCAAAAGUGGAGAGAGGCAGCCUAUACAAGUCAACAUCCAGGUCACUGACAUUGGGGCUUUUGAAACAGUCUGGCAAGUUAAAUUCUACGACUACCACAAGCGAGACCAUUGCCAAUGGGGGAACAGCUUUGGCUGCAUUGAGUAUGAAUGCAAACCCAAUGAGACCCGCAGCCUCAUGUGGAUAAACAAAGAAACCUUCUUCUGAAGCAAAAUGGAACAGCUGUGGUGGGACAAUCUCUGGAUAAAAGAACCUAUCUUCAAGCCAGUGUAAAGCCUUAACAGAGGCAGUCUUGCACAGAUGCUUUUGUUGAACAAAUGAAACUACAAUCCAAAGCACACUUACUUGAGAUAAAGCUCCUUAAGACAUGCUAGGGACUUUUUCCAAGUAAAUAUGCUUAAGAUGAUAUGUGGGUAUAUGUAUAUAUGUGUGUAUUAAAAUUGGGGUAUUUCUGGAAUUUGAUAUUUAUUUACUCCACCCUACAAAUCUGAACUCUACUGCACCUUCAAGCUAGUGAGCCUACCAGAUCCCAAAACUGCACUUUCCAUUGAGGAUUAGAAAUUUCCCACUAUGCAGUCAUCUUUGAGAUGGAGUGCUUUUUGCAAUAUGCCCUGAUUCUUUGUUUUUAAUAUCCAGCUGCGACCUGGUGCCGCCAGCUUCUGUAUUUUUGUUGGUGUUAAAUCUCUGCACACCUUGUGAGUUUGGUGCAGUGUGACUUAGCUCCUAUUGUGCCAUACGCUUUAACAAACCUUACUUCCCGUCAUCCUUCUUUUAAUAUCUCUAUAUAGUAUGGUAUGUAGUAACAGUGCAAAUUCUGGCAAGAAAUAGCAACAGCCCUGCUGAAGUUCAGUUUGCUUCUUGCAAUGGGAAGAGGACUGUUGAAUGUUGUACACUGUUUUGACUUUCCUAUCAUGUGAGGUUUGUUGAUGGUCUCCCAAUCCCCAAAUCAGUCCCUGAAGCCAAUGACAGUGGUGAAUUUUUCAGCAAAUGUGUAGUGAGAGUGGUGAAGCAAUACAAUCUGUGGUUGUAAGUUAUUAAUGAAAAUUGCUGCUAUCUGGAUAUGCAGUAAUUAAGUAUAAUGUAUGCACAUCAAGCCCAUUGAGUUCCCAGAUUACCUGUUCCAGUGGUGUUUGUAUAUGUAAAUCAGAAUAAACGCGGUUACUAGCAGCUUUAGAGCUGCGACAACUCUGUGACACUGAUUGGUAGCCUUUCAGAUCAAACAUGGGGAUUCCUUCUGGGUUAAAAAAAAAAAAAGGAAAGUGAUUUUCCAUAAGCUUGCACAGGAAUCUGAACUCUGGUGCUAUUGUCUUAUGUAAACCUGUUUACAGUUCUGGCAAAUGAGAAGCACGUUCUGGAUCUCUAAAAAAUCAAAUAGGUGGAAAGUUGCUUCUUUCCUGCUUUACUGCAGUGGUUCUUGGCCCCCCUUUUAAAUACUUCUGUGUCUUCAGACCCUCAAGACUGAACUCAAGAUUAAGUUCACACCAAAUAAUUAUUUCAAUUUUCUUAUGAAUAUCCCUCAAAUUUAGAGAGGGUAUAUAAAUUAAUCUGUUACUGCAUAUGCUCCUAUUAUAAUAAUUUGAUUAUAACAAUUUCAGACAAAUUUAAAAUAAUGGUAUCGACACUAAUAAUAGUGAAUCAUUUAAUAAUUUAAUCCUUCACAGACCCCUUGUGAAAACAUUGUGGAGCCCAGGUUGAGAACCACUGCUCUACUGAAUUAAGAUGAUUAUGUGUUUGCAUUAAUUUGCAUAUCAACUUGUGUCCUUCAUGUGCACAGUCAAUAAACUAUUAUAAUUCUUGACCUUUGUAAUAAAGGAGUGGACAGCCAGUGUUUGCUUUAA